AUGUUGGUGAACGAAGCAGAGAAAACACGGACAAGGGCCCAGAGUGCAGGAAGCCCAAGCUGCCCGUGGGGGAAGGAGCGGAAAUCCGGCCUGGAUGGAGUUCCGAGUCAAGCUUGGAGGAACCUGGAAUGCUGGGCAGCCAAGGAGAGGAGGCUGAGGGAGGCCACAGACUCGAGAAUACCAACCCCUAGCAGGCACCUCUCAGGAGAGAUGGAGAAGGCACUGACGGCAACCGCCAGAGCCACGGAACUGCCAGGCAGGGAAGCGCAGGCCCUAGCAGCCCCAGGAUGUUCCCUUGGAGAGACGGAAGCUGAGUGGGGUCCGGGGGCCUGGCCUGAGGAUGAUAGGGCUGUACUAGCUAGGGCUGUGGCUCCUCGCCAACCCUGCCCCACACAUUUUGUGGUCCUCAUGGUGAGUCGGCUGCAGGUAGAUGUGGCCAAGGCCCAGGAAUACCUGGUCCAAACCACUCCAUCCUGUGCUGAGUUCCUGCUGCCGCACCUGACACUUGCCCUGCUGUGGUUGGCAGGCCUAGGGGAGGAAGUGGCGACAGUGGGGGCUCUGAGACAGGCCCUGUUGGCCACAGGGUUUCCAGCAUCCCCCCAGCUGAGAGUUAGGGACUUAGUACUCCUGGGCCAAAAACAGACUAAUACAGCCACCAUGUGCUUUGUGCCCAAACCUUCCCGACUGGAAAGCAUGGCCCAAGUGCUGAGCCAGAGGCUGGAAGCCCAGAAGCUGAGAGUGCUACAACCCCCAGGGUUGCAACCCCACCUCACCCUGGCCAUAGUGCCCGACUGUUCCCAAGUCUGCCUCGCCAAGACUCGGUUCAGCCUGAGUCAGGAGCUAGGGAGCCACCCACUGGGGAACUGGCUGUGCUGUACGGGGAGGACAGGAGGCACCUACCAGUUCCUGGCUGAGAUCCCCCUGCGGUGA